GACCUGUCUGUUCAAGAUGCACCGCGAGGCGGAGCGACCCCUCGUGCAGGACCCGGCGACGACGGCACUCGAGAUUAGUGAGAACGGCCAGCGGGCUACGAGGGCCGCCGCCAUCGACGCGGCCAAGACGGCAACGAAGCAGACGAAGGAGUUCGCGAGAGCGAGGGAGAUGCAAGAGUAA